AUGGCAAUGGGGACAGGAGUCAAACUGAAGCCAGCAAUUGCAAAUUCACUCCUGGCACAACCCAAUGUAUUAUACUCAUCCCAUUUCCUUGUGAAGGACUAUGGAUUGACUGUAGAUAGCCUCAGGUGGGUAGAUGGACUUUCUUCUUUGAAAAGCUUAGACUUGUCCGGGUGGAACAAUUUCAACUCCACCAUCCCUCUCUGGUUGUCCAAUGUCACUAGCCUUAAGCAACUCCAACUUGAUCAUAACAGCUUUAAUGUUUCAAUUCCUGACAAUUUUGAAAAGUUCACCUCUCUUGCUGUUCAUGAUCUUUCUUCAAACUUUUUUGGAAUUCAACUGCCGAAUUCUUUCUGUAAGUUAACUAGUCUUGUUCACAUGGAUCUCAAUGGCAACAAUUUCCAAGGCACAAUCCCCUAUUGCUUUAAGAACCUGACUUCACUUGCCAUUCUUAAUUUGGAAGCAAAUUAUCUUGAGGGUCCGAUUCCAGAUUCAAUUACUCAAAUGUGCAGUUUGCAAGUGCUUGAUUUGUCCCUAAACCAAUUCAAUUCACCAUUACCAACUCCGAUUAGAGAUCCAUCUGUCUGCCUCCUUAAUAGUCUGAAGGAGCUUCAGCUGGAAAUGUACAGGAAUCCGGAGGUACUCCAUCUUUCUUUUAAUUCACUCUCUGGCACAAUUCCUUCUGAGCUUGGCAGCCUGUCACACUUAAGGGAGCUGUAUAUUAGCAACAAUAAGUUCUAUCGUAUUGGACAACUUGGACAACUUGUAGAGUUGGUAAAGUUGGAAAUUUCAAAUAAUUCAUUGAGUUGUGUAGUAUCUGAAGUCCACUUUGAGCAGCUCUCGAAAUUAAAGAAUUUGUUAGUCUCUUCAAAUUCAUUCCUAUUCAAAGCGAGUCCUCUUUGGAUUCCACCUUUUCAACUGCAAAUGAUUGAGUUAGAAUCGACUGAUGUAGGCCCCCAAUUUCCUCCUUGGCUGCAAACUCAAAAGGGAGUGAAAAGGUUGAUCAUGUCAAAUGCGAGCAUCUCAGAUGCCAUACCCGGUUGGUUUGAGAAUAUGUAUUCUCGAAUUGACGAUCUGGAUUUGUCACACAACAGCAUAAGUGGAAGAUUACCAAAAUUUGAAGAAUAUAAUGAUUCUUUCCGAGUAAUAAAGCUGAAGUCCAACAAAUUCAAGGGUACGGUAACAUAUGCUCCUUUGGGAGCUUAUUUGGUUGAUCUUUCCGAAAAUUCCUUGGAAGGCCAGCUACCUCUAUUUGACAGUUAUUUGAAUCUGUCACAGAGUCAUCUCUCACUCUUUGAUAACCAUUUCACGGGUGAAAUCUCCCCCUCUUUAUGUGAAAUUCAGAGUUUGAUAAUCAUUGAUCUGUCAAGCAACCAGUUAUCAGGAAAGAUCCCUUCAUGCUUGGCGAACCUCCAAAACUUGCAUGUGCUUGACCUCUCAAAUAACAGUUUCCAUGGGAAAAUUCCAAAUUCUUUGGGUUUUAUCGAGGGAAUCCGUGCUUUGCACUUGCAGCAGAACAAUCUACACGGAAAGCUUCCAUCAUCCUUUCAGAACCUAAAGAAUUUGCGCAUUCUUGAUAUAGGCAAUAAUGGAUUCAAUGACAUCACCCAUCCAUGGAUAGGAAAUUUGUGGGAUCUGAUGUUUCUCAGCCUGAAGAUAUUAAUCCUGUCCAAGAACAAUUUGUCUGGAAGCAUCCCUCAUUGUUUCAACAACUUCAUUACUUUGAUCUCAGAGGAUCCACAAAUGAGCUGUUACAUGAAGUUUAUGCUUGAUAGAACGGUGGUUCGGCACCUGUCAAUGCUCUAUUUUGAGAGGAGAAUGUUGGAAUCCAUGAAAGGUCGGGAGCUCAAGUACUCCAGAUCCUUGCAGUAUCUUAAAAGAAUUGAGCUUUCAGAAAAUAGUAUCUCAGGGCAGAUUCCUGAAGAGAUAAUGGAGCUCAUUGGAUUGCAGAAUUUGAACCUUUCUGGAAAUUGUCUUCAAGGAAGAAUCCCUGACAAGAUCGGCAACUUGAAACAACUUGAAUCUCUUGAUUUGUCCAGAUAUAAACUUUCAAGUCCAAUACCUCCAAGCUUAUCAACCUUGAAUUCUUUGAGCCGUCUGAACCUGUCUUUUAAUGAGUUAUCGGGACAAAUACCAACUGGAAAUCAGCUCCAGACCCUUAAUGAUCCAUCCAUAUAUGCAGGCAAUGGUGGACUUUGUGGUGUACCACUCUUGAGGACCUGUCCCGAUGAAAAAUCAUCUAAUGGCGACAAAUAUAUGCUCGAGAAUAAUGGUGAAAUGGAGCUUGAGCUCUCAUGGUUUUAUGCUGGAUUAGGACCUGGAUUUGGUUUUGGAUUCAUGAUUGUUCGUUGCAUUCUAGUUUUCAAGAAGCCAUGGCGGGCUGCACUAUUUCAGUUUCUGGAGUCUUUUUUAACAGAUAAAGGUAGCAAAUGGACUGAGGGAUAUGUAUAA